GGUGAGACUGGGAAGAAGCAGGCAUGAGGUCCACUCAGUUCCAUAAGGGACCCUCGUACGGGCUCUCGGCCGAGGUCAAGAACCGGCUCCUGUCCAAGUAUGACCCUCAGAAGGAGGCGGAACUCCGCAGCUGGAUUGAGGGACUCACCGGCCUCUCCAUAGGCCCCGACUUCCAAAAGGGUUUGAAGGACGGGCUUAUCUUAUGCACACUCAUGAAUAAGCUGCAACCAGGCUCAGUCCCCAAGAUCAACCGCUCCAUGCAGAACUGGCACCAGCUAGAAAACCUCUCCAACUUCAUCAAGGCCAUGGUCAGCUACGGCAUGAACCCCGUGGAUCUGUUCGAGGCCAACGACCUGUUUGAGAGUGGGAACCUGACACAGGUGCAGGUGUCUCUUCUUGCCCUGGCUGGGAAGGCUAAGACAAAGGGGCUGCAGAGUGGUGUAGACAUUGGUGUCAAAUACUCGGAGAAACAGGAACGGAACUUCGACGAUGCCACCAUGAAGGCGGGCCAGUGCGUCAUCGGGCUGCAGAUGGGCACCAACAAAUGUGCCAGCCAGUCGGGCAUGACGGCUUACGGCACCAGGAGGCAUCUGUACGACCCCAAGAACCAUAUCCUGCCACCCAUGGACCACUCAACCAUCAGCCUCCAGAUGGGCACGAACAAGUGUGCCAGCCAGGUGGGCAUGACGGCUCCAGGGACCCGGCGGCACAUCUAUGACACCAAGCUGGGGACAGACAAAUGUGACAAUUCCUCCAUGUCCCUGCAGAUGGGCUACACACAGGGCGCCAACCAGAGCGGCCAGGUGUUCGGCCUGGGCCGACAGAUAUACGACCCCAAGUACUGCCCACAAGGCCCAGCAGCCGAUGGCGCUCCAGGGGCUGCCGGUGACUGCCCUGGCCCAGGGGAGGCCCCAGAGUACCCCUCCUACUACCAGGAGGAGGCAGGCUACUGAGGUGCCCAGGCGGGCUAUCUCCUCACAUCUGUUGCCCCAUCUGGGUUUUCGGGUUUUUCUGUUUUUGUCUUGUUUUCCUACAUGUCUGAGUGCUCCGGGCAGCAGUUUCCCAGCAGGCUUUGGGCCAGGCAGCUGCCGAGGGGAAGAAACCCCGGCUCCAAGGGGUUCAGGCCCCAAAUGGUUUCCGGUUACUUCUUCCCCUCUUCUUUUUUCUCUGCUGAUCAGUUUGUGGUUUCUGUACCCAUAAAAGUUUCAGGCGGUUUUGAAAGUACUUUUUUUUUUCAGGGGAACAGUGUGGGGGAUGGUGGAGGGUGCUGAAGGAAGUAAGUUCCCUAGGAGAAGGCCAGGCCACAGUCCCCAAAUAUUUUAAGCCUCAUAAAGUACUGAAUUUCCCUAGGACCCUCAGGCCAGCAACGCUGGCCCCUCCCAGGGGCCCGUGGGGACACCGAGGCCCAGACAUGACAGUGAGCUCUGAAAGUUUGAGGCAAAGCCAGACGCCGCCCCAACUCGUCCUUACUCCCCUACCAAGUGCUGCACAGGUACCUCCACCCGGAGGCCCUCCUAGGGACCAGCCCCUGCCCAGGAGCCCUGGGACCAAGAAAUAAUGUGAAAUACCGACUGUGGACCAAAGGAAAUAAAGCCUCUUUUUAGGAAAUGAA